GACGGGUUUACUUGCUUCUUGCCAUGCUGGUGCCGAUCCAUGAGGAAAUACAACAUAUCUACAGCCUGGACCAUGCGACUGAAGGUCGGCACGUAGCCCUUGGCAGGCGAGAUAUUAUACCAGCCAGCCUUGCCGGCCACCCAGAGCUCAACACUGCGAUCCUCCGUCUGGCCAUAGGCGUAGUGAGUGACAUCGUCGAUGAUGACACGUUUCGAAGCUGAUUCGGGGUCGAGAACUAGACAAGAAAAGCCGCAAAUGUGAACAACAUGUUGAUGAGCCGAUAGGACGCGCCUUGCGAUAAGCAGCACAGGCAUGUAAUCGAAUACGCACGUAGGUUGUUCUGGUCCCCCCUCAGCUCCAAGCAGCCAAUCACCUGGACCGGAUUUUGCUCUGUGGCAUCGAGGAGAUUGGCAUAGAGCAUCUUCCCUGGCCGCAGGACCUUGACGUCGACUAGAUCGAAAUCCGGCCAGUCAUUCUCGUCGGUGAUGGAGGGAUCGAUGGGACGGAGGACGGUAUCUUCGCGGGCGCUCAUGAUUGUGAUGACUUCGGUGGGAUCAUCGUGGGUUGAGGGAUGAGGGAAGAGGUUGUCGAAAGGGAUUUUCGAGGCCUCCUGAACGUAGAAUGUGAAGAACGUGAGAGCAGGUUGGAAUCCUCGCGCCGUCAACAAGUAAAGGUCCUUUGAUGGCCGGUAACUUACCGAUACCCGACGAUACCUUAUCGAUUAGCCCUUGACGGACGACACCGCGGAUUUAAUUACUUGCGGCUCUCAGCUCGAAACCUUUUUUCCUCCCCAGCUUUCAACGGCGACAGAUGCCAUUCCCACGCAACUUUCGAUUGUUUCGCACCGCAAUGUCUGGCGAGAAGAUCUUUGAGGGCUGUUUCGCCGUUCACAAGCCGCAGGGCAUCACCUCCGCCGACGUCCUCCGCGACCUCCAGCGCCACUUCAACCCCUCCAAGCUCUUCCAACCAUGGAUUGAGACAGAGAAAGCCCUCCGCAAGAAGGAGAGCAGCUUUCAGAAGAACCGCCGCCGUAACAAGAACAAGAAAGUCGAAGUGAAGAUCGGCCAUGGUGGGACACUCGACCCCCUCGCAACGGGCGUGCUGAUCGCCGGUGUUGGAAAGGGUACCAAGUCGCUCAAUGACUUCCUGGCCUGCACCAAGUCCUACGAGACGGUGGUUCUAUUCGGCGCAGAGACGGACACUUACGACCGCUUGGGCAAGAUCGUGCGCCGGGCACCAUACGAGCAUAUUACUCGGGAGGCAGUUGAGAAGGCCCUAGACCAAUUCCGGGGAAAGAUCAUGCAGCGUCCACCAAUCUUUUCGGCACUGCGAGUAGAGGGGAAGAGGCUAUACGAGUAUGCGCGUGAGGGCAAGAUGCCACCCGUCGAGAUCAAAUCCCGGCCCGUCGAGACCGUGGAAUUGAAGAUCGUGGAGUGGUAUGAGCCCGGCACCCACGAGUACAAGUGGCCCGAGGAAGAGAUGACCGGGGAUGAGAAGAUCAUCGCCGAGAAGCUCCUCGAUAAGGAAGCUGAGAUCCCCGUGGAAGGCGAAGCCGCAGAUCAAGACGCUUCUUCUGCUAAGCGAAAGACGCCACCCGCAGCAGACUCGCCGAAGGAAGAAGAUCAGGAAGCCGCAAAAAAGCAAAAGGUCUCCGAGGACGGUGCAGCCCAAGCCACCGCCGCAUCCGAGCCCGUUGCCCCAGAACCUGCAACUGAAGACGCCCCCACAGAGAAAACAGAUGAGCCUCGUCCCCAACCCGCGGCAGUCAAGAUUCACAUGACCGUUACCUCGGGCUUCUAUGUUCGCUCUUUGGCACACGACCUGGGCAAGGCCGUCGGUAGCUGUGGUCUUAUGAGCGAGCUCGUUCGAAGUCGCCAAGCCGAAUUUGAUCUGAAGCCGGAAAAUAUCCUUGAAUACAAGGACUUGGAGCAAGGUGAAGAGGUCUGGGGUCCUAAGGUCCAAAAGUUCCUCGAAAACUGGGAGAGCAAGAGGGCUGCUAAGGUGGAAGAGGAGGAAAAAGCGAAAGCCCAACAAUAAUAGAUGCAUUGCCGUUAUGCAAAGCAAGGGAGUAGCUUGUGUACAAUACAUAUUGCAUCAUGCACCUUUAAAACAAAAAUAAGCUAUCCAUUUCCUCCAUCCCGGCU